CAGCAGCAGCAGCAGCAGUUGUUGCAACCGCAGCAAAUGCAGCAACAACAAAUUCAACAACAGCAAAUUCAACAACAACAAAUUCAGCAGCAACAGAUGCAACAACAACACAUCCAGCAGCAACAUCUGCAGCAGCAACAAAUGCAGCAGCAACAAAUACAGCAGCAGCAAAUACAGCAGCAACAGCAACAAGAGCAGCAGGAACAGUUUCAGAAACAGGUGCAAAUGUUGCAGCAAACGAAAGCCAAAUCCAAGUUCAGUGCUGCUCAGGAGGGCGGCGGCAUGCUGCUGCAGCAGGCGGCACAGGCACCUGCACACAACCAGUCUGAUGCAUCACAAGCACAACCACCACCUUCUAAGGCCUCCUCAGGGACCAUAAGUGGAAUGCUAGCAGACUUCAGCAGGGCUCUUGGUUUGGGUGGAACAUCACCACGCCCAUCACCUUCUGAUGACAAGCCGAGUACCAACAGCCAAGGACUCCAGCAGCCUACAAUGCAGUACCCACAAGCUACACAGCAGAAGAUGAACACAGCUCAGUUACAAGACCAGCUGCAACCCAUGGCACAGAUGCAGCAGCAGAGGAUACAGCAGAUGCAGUCACAGCAACAGCAGCAGCAGUUGCAGCAACAACAGCAGCAGCAGCAACAGAUGCAACAGCAGCAGAUGCAACAGAUGCAGCAGCAGCAACUCCAGCAGCAGCAGCUUCAACAGCAGCAACAACAUCAACUGUUCCGACAGCAGCAGCAGAUGUUGGGAGAGUUUGGAGAGAUAUCAGGUGCACUGUUCCCACAGCACCUGACACCACAGCAGCAGCAGAUGUACCAGCAGCACAUGCAGCUGCAGCACCAGGCACAGCACCUCAAGAAGAUCCGCCGCUCGCUGCCGCACUCUGCAGAUCAGCAGCAGCAGCAGCUGCAGCAGAUACGCCAGCAGACGUUACAUCGAAAGGAUCUGAAUCAGUCACAGAUUUUAGUUGGUUCGCAGUCGGUGCUAGCGGGUUCGCUAGCCAGCAGUCAACCUGUGAUUGGCAGCAUGCCUCAAAUCCAGACCCAACCCACUGGUCGGUUUGCCAUGGGGGCGCACCUUGUCUCAAGUCAACAGGCAACACGCAGUCUUCAUGCAGCCACUGUGACACCAAUGGGGACGCCUCAAAGCACACCUGUUGGCACUCCACGGGGCCCAAGGGAUGGUGGUGGUGAUUCUUCAGAUACAAUGAGUGAAACAGAUUCUCAGAAAUCAUUGAGAAUGAGACGCAAAUUACCACCUAUACCAGCUGAUCAAGAAGCAGCACCUCUUCCAUCAACUAAGAAAAGGUCCUUUUCACCCUUGCGACAGACUUCUCUUGAUGGACUGCUACCAAGGACAUCAAAUCUGAUGUUAGCCAGACCAAGUGCUAGCGAAACUAACCUUCGAAAAAUUGCUCUUGGGGUUGAUCCUAUCCCACGACCUGGAUCAGCACUGGGUUUAUUGCAAGCUUCAAGUGUUGUGAGCAGCUCAGGAAUGAGGCCAAUCACAACGGGUAUUGGUACAACAGAUCUGACAAGUACAACAGCAACAUACUCAUCACCACUGGCUGACUUAGCAUCAUGUUUGCCUCCAGACUUGAGACACUUACUUGGAAAUUCAACAUAUUCUGAUUCUGGAAAUUAUGGAAAGCAGCUGCCAAGUUAUAUGCGAAGCCUUAAAGAGCAACUGAGAGAUGAAAUUAAAUUUGCUGCUGCUGAGCGCAGGAGACUGCUGACCGCUCCUGAUAAGGAUCGGGAUACAAGGCUCCGAGAAAAAUUUGAACCAUUGAAAAGGUUGGAUAUCCAGAGGAAGAUUGCCUCCCCCAUAAUGGGACGCUCCCGGAAGAUACGGGGUCAUCGUAGGCAGCUCUCUGACCCUAAAAUACACCCGCCAUUUUCUCCCAUCAAGGAAGACGGAGACCUGGAGAGUGAUUACGACAGGGGAUACCUUGGCUACUUACAUCCAAGUCUGAAGCCUCCAUACAAAGCUUAUGAAUAUGAGUCUAUUGACGACACUGGGAGACGAUCCGAGUGGGACCCAUCCCAGUCCUACCUGGCGUCUUCAUAUGCUGCGGCCGGCGGAGCCCUCAGGGAAACUGCCAUCAACAGCGUUCUGGACGAGGACCGCUACAUCACCAACUCUAGGUACAGCCUGCGGCGGUCGAGCGACGGGCUGGAUGUGCGCCGCCGCCACGACAGCCGCAAACACCGCAAGCCGCGCUCGUGGCACCCUUCGCCCUACGGCAGUGACGACGAUGACGACCAGCUGACGCGCGAAGAGAAGAAGGCCAAGAUCAAAGCGGAGAUAGCGCGCCGCCGGCAGCAAAUUGAAGAGAACGCGCGCCUCCACGAAGAACUGUUGCGCUUGGCACGCCUCCGCGAAAGUGCCGAGCUGGGGUUCACGCCGCACUCGGGGCCGGAAGCCGGCCGCGGCGGCUACGGAACUUCGAGUGUGCUCAAGUCCAUAGACGAACUGCUGCUGUCCGGCCGUGGGCUGCAUUUCGACUACCGAGCACACUCUCCCCGGCGCACGGAAGAGGACCGCUCCAUGGAUCGGAUAGCGUCCACCUUCCGCACUGACGACUACACGUCCGGCGUGUACGAGCGCCUGUCCGACUUCUCGCCGUUGACGGACUUCACCCCGCAUGCAAUGCCUCUCCUCCCGGACAUGCCCACUCGGUCACGUAAGCUGCUGGAGGACUUAGGCAGUUCUCCCAUCACCGAGUCCGUGCUCGCGCUGCCACAGAAAGGCAAGUAUGGCUCCAGACUCUACGCCAAAUAAUUUUCGUUCGCAUUUUUCUUCUGAUAAACGUGUACUUCGUUUCAAUUAUUCUCGAUACUCCAAAGAAUCUCUCCUACGGUAACUUUCCAGUAUUUUCCAUUCCGCUUUCCUAUCUCUCGUACACUGUCGUCAUCGAGGCGACCGAGUUUACUGAAGGCGUGAAAC